GUCUGACCAAAGAGAUAACUGGGGAGGAUGCUGUAGAUCUUGUUGCGUGCUGUCCUGUGAAUGUCUUCGAUAUCGAGGACGUUCCGGAUGUUGGCCAGCGUGCCGUGGUGAAGAACGCUCGGGCCUGCACGACGUGCCGGGAGUGCCUGGAAUCCUUCCCCGGCAAG